AAUGAUGACGAAAUUCCCACGGGUGUAUUCGCAACUCUAGGCCAAUGCUACUCCCCCAGAUGUACGGCAAAAAAUCAAUGCUACAGUCCAAUUUGUUCACGUUUGCCGGGCCAAGUAAGUCUUGAAAAGCAUCCAAGAAUAUUUUUAAGCCAAGCGAACAAAAAAAGAAGAAGAGAAAUAAGACCAAUAUAUCGAAAAGAACGUCUUUGGGUGGUUUCGGUAACCAAAGAAAUAUUUGAUAAUACCAGUACUGAAGAUCGAAAGAGACAAGAGAAUAUUUUUGAAUUGAUUUACACCGAGAAUGAUUUUGUCGAUGAUCUUAAUUAUCUCCAAACCUAUUGGAUUACUAAGAUACUAGAUAUCGAUUAUGGUACCGAAGAAAGUCGCAAGAACCUUGUAAAUGAUUUGUUUUCAAAUAUCAUGGAAAUCUAUGACAUCAAUUCAAAACUCGCGGCAGAUUUGUCAAAGAGACAGGGUGAAUCUCCUGUUGUGAACCGAAUAGGAGACGUUAUGCUAAAGCAUGUCACAAAUUUUGAGCCAUUUGUCAAAUACGGAUCCCAGCAAAUGAUCAGUAAAUAUAAGCUGGAGACCGAGAAAGCCAUUAGUCCAAUAUUUUCGAAAUUUGUGGAGGAUACUGAACGAUUGCCAGAAUCACGCAAGCUUGAACUCAAUGGUUAUCUGACUAAGCCUACAACUCGGCUUGGCCGCUACAAUUUACUUUUAAGAGAAAUCCUUAAACACACACCGAAAGACCAUCCUGAUCAAGUGGAUAUUCCACAAGCAAUGACAAUCAUUGCAGGAUUUUUGAGUAAAGUUAACGAAGAAGCAGGAAAGAAAGAAAAUGAAUUUAAUCUCGAAAUGCUCAAUGAGAAAUUCUCAUUGAAGUAUGCAGACGAUCUGCAAGAGCUGGAGCUUCGAUCUGAAGAACGAAGAAUGAUUAUGAAGGGCUCUUUGAAAAGAAAAGGCACAGGCCCAGAAUCGUCGGAUAUGCAGGUUUACUUGCUUGACAACUGUUUAUUUAUUACAAAACAAAAGUAUGUCCAAAAUAUAGAACAAUAUAAAAUCUACAAAAAGCCUAUUCCUCUAGCCCUGUUGGUUAUAUUCUUACCAGACCAAGCCAAGAAGAUUCCCUCUAUAUUACCCUAUGGGCGUUCCAGUACUGGAGGGUCUGUAACUACAAAUAAUAUCGAAGUGCCAGCACCGACCAACAACAAGAGUGGGUAUCCUAUUGUUUUUGUCCAUUUGGGUCGUCAAGGGUUCGGACAAAUCACACUUUAUGCCAAUACUCUGCUUGCCCGCCGCCAAUGGGUACACAAGAUCGAACACCAAAGGCUUGCUUUGACUGAAAAACAGAAAGUGUUUGAUAUUAUCCCAAUAAGCGAACGGUUCUUCAACUCACUCAACAGGGUCAAUUGUGCCACAACAUAUGGUUCAUCUACUCUCAUAGGUAGUGACCAAGGCGUGUACUUAAAAAAAGAGAAGAAAGAAGACGAGCCAGUGAGGGUACUGGAAAUGGACAAAGUAUCACAAAUAGAAAUACUCGACGGGUACAACCUUGUUCUCGUCCUGGCAGACAAGAUCCUCUACACAUAUAGUCUUGACGCUCUAUUAUCUCAUGAUACUGGUGUCAAACGAGGUAGAAAGAUUAGCAAUCAUGUGUCAUUCUUUAAGUUUGGAGAGGUUAUAGAGAAAACUCUAGUUUGCCUAGUUCGUUAUAAUGCUAUGACCUCUACAAUUCGGGCGUUAGAGCCUCAUGCAAAUCCAGAACCCAAGAAAAAGAUGAAGCCUCAUUUGGGGAUAUUCUUGCGAGGAUCUACCGAAGGACUCAAAGCAUACAAAGACCUUUAUAUUCCUGGAGAGGCCACAUCGCUCCAGUACUUCAAGAACAUUAUUUGCGUAGGGAGUGCAAAAGGAUUUCAGAUGGUUAACAUUGGAUCUGCAAGAGUGCAGAGUGUAUUGGAUCCAAGUGAUGAAAGCCAUGAUUUCAUAUUACAAAGAGAGAGCCUUAGACCAAUUUCAAUGUUUCGACAUCCAGAUGGCACAAUAUUAUUAUGCUACAAUGAAAUUGCAUUCUACAUUGAUAAGAAAGGAAGACGUGUGAGAAGUGGGUGGAUGAUUAACUGGGAAGGAGCACCGACUGCUUUUGCUUUUCGGUUUCCAUAUGUAAUUGGAUUCGAUCCAAAAUUCAUUGAAGUACGACACAUGGAUACCGGUAAGCUUGUUCAAGUAAUCCCAGGUACUAAUAUCCGAUGCCUUAAUCCCGACCCCAUUGAUAUCAUUCACUGCGUAACUGAAGAUCGUUUACUGGGCUGCGAACUUGUGUUUGAGCUCAAGUUUGUGGGAACAUAA